UGAAUGAAUUAAUGAAUUGGCAGAGGAAAUGAAUUGGAAGAGAAGAAAGACUGAAUUGGGAACCGGGGCCCGGCCACACUCUCUACCUCAUCUUCUCCGGUGGGUUCCUGGCCACUGCAAUCUUGCGUACCUUCCCUUCUCCCUUCUCUUACUCCUCUCUUUCUCGUCUUUAUCACAGACACUUCUUUGACUUCUCCACUUCUUACUCGACAAGUCGUUCAUACUCUUAGCAUCUUCGACGAGAUUGCCUCAGUUCUUCUUCCUCAAACUCACUUCGAAGCCCACCCCCUCAAUCAGGUAUAUUGUUCGCAAUGAACGAUCCCCGAAACACCUCAACUCCCCAGCACCAGGAGAAGACGGAUGUGGCUGGUGAUGCACCGCUGGAAGUGGACGAGAGGUCGAAGGUCUCUACUUCCUCCGGGGCACAGGAUGCCUUUGGCGAUGAGGAAUUCGCAGAGGUCAAGUACAAAGUCCUUAAAUGGUGGCAAUGCGGUGUUCUCAUGGUGGCCGAAACAGUCUCCCUGGGUGUCUUGUCUUUGCCUGCUGCUGUUGCUAGCUUGGGUCUAGCUCCCUCCAUCGUUGCUCUACUCCUCUUGGGAAUGCUGGCAACCUAUACUGGCUAUGUGAUCGGACAAUUCAAGUGGAGAUACCCCCAGGUCUGCAACAUGGCCGAUGCAGGGGAGGUGAUCGCCGGCAGGGUUGGCCGAGAGGUCCUUGGUGUUGGCCAGGUUCUGUUCCUGGUUUUCGUGAUGGCUAGCCAUCUACUUACCUUCAUCAUCGCUAUGAACACCAUCACUGGCCACGGGACAUGUUCUAUUGUCUUUGGUCUAGUCGGCUUGAUCAUCUCAUUCAUAUGCUCGCUGCCUCGUACGCUAGUGAAGAUGUCCUGGCUCUCGUUCGUUUCUUUCGCCAGCAUCCUGUUAGCGGUUGUUAUCACGAUGUUUGGCGUGGGCAUUCUGCAUCCCGGAAAAGGUGUGGAAGCCACUGUACCUACUGACCUCACCCAUGGGUUCGGUGCCAUCACCAACAUCGUCUUUGCUUUCUCUGGACAUGCCGCCUACUUCGGGCUAGCAGCGGAGUUGAAGGAUACCCGGGACUUCCCCAAGGCGCUAUGCCUCCUGCAGACUUUCGAUAUCUCGCUGUACAUCAUUGCAGCUGUCGUGAUAUAUCGGUACGGUGGUGCAGAGGUGGCCUCACCUGCUUUGAGCUCCGCUAGCCCCAUGGUGUCGAAGGCCGCAUACGGCGUCGCUCUGCCCACUAUCAUCAUUGCUGGCGUGAUCAACGGCCACGUCGCCUUCAAGUACAUCUAUUUGCGCGUUUUCAGCGGCACUGAUCGGAUCCACAAGCGCGAUUGGAUCGCCAUCAGCUCCUGGGUUGGUAUUGCUUUGGGCUUGUGGGUGAUUGCGUGGAUCAUCGCAGAAGCCAUCCCUGUCUUCAGCAACUUGCUCAGCCUGAUUACUGCCCUCUUCGCCAGCUGGUUCACAUUCGGCUGCAGUGGCGUCUUUUGGCUAUACAUGAACCGCGGCCAGUGGUUCUCAUCGCCCCGUAAAACAGCCCUGACAAUGCUCAACAUCCUUAGUUUUACUGUGGCUGCGUGUUUGUGCUUUGUGGGAUUGUAUGUCUCCGGGAAAGCGGUCCACGAUCAUCCUAGCCGUAUGAGAUUCUCGUGUGCGGAUAAUGCGACCUGAAAGGGCUGGUACUUCCAAAGAUACUACUAACCUUUCAUACUUCUAUCCGACUACACUCGACAAUCCCAAUCCCGGACGAGUGGGAUGCCUCUUCUCUCCAUCUCAUAACCAGAGAUGUAAUUUUCUUGGUUGCGUGGUUUUUUACUUUUCCGAACAUUGACUGCCAGUAUCUGAGGACGGUCACGCGGAACCUGUACUGUAUAUAAUGGUUCAUGGUUCACAAGCGCUAUGAGAACUGGAAUCGACUCAAUGGAAGUCUCCGC